ACAACGCCAUUAUAUGGUAAGCCCAACGGCUAGUCCCAACGGUCGGAUUAUUCGACCCCUACAUUACACCCUCCCCUUCCACAGAGCAGAGCCACCAUCCCGUCCCCGAAAAGACGAAACCUUUCGCCAUUUCCUCUAUCCACAGCAGCGAUUUGUGAAGAUGUUGCAGGACAUGGUGAACAACGCACCUCCCGGUUUCCGUCCCUCAAAGUCCGCUCCCGCUUCACCGGCCAAGCCUCUCGCCGGCGGCCUUUCCAGAAUGCGCUCUGACUCCUUCCAUAUCACUCACAAAGUCCCUGUUGGUGACACCCCUUAUGUCAUAGCCAAAAACGUCCAAUUGGUUGAUAAGGAUCCAGAGAGGGCGAUUCCGUUGUUUUGGGCAGCCAUCAAUGCCGGAGAUAGGGUGGAUAGUGCCUUGAAAGACAUGGCGAUUGUGAUGAAGCAGCAAAACAGGGCGGAAGAAGCCAUUGAAGCGAUUAGAUCAUUGAGGCACCGGUGUUCGGAUCAAGCUCAGGAGGCUCUGGACAACAUUCUCUUGGAUCUCUUCAAGAGAUGUGGGAGAUUGGAUGAUCAGAUUGCACUUCUGAAGCACAAGUUGUUCUUGAUCCAACAAGGGCUGGCCUUCAAUGGGAAGAGAACAAAGACUGCUAGAUCCCAAGGGAAGAAGUUCCAGGUUUCUGUGGAACAAGAAGCAAAUAGGUUACUGGGGAAUCUAGGGUGGGCAUUGAUGCAGCAAAACAAAUACAAUGAAGCGGAAGAAGCUUACAGAAGGGCGCUAGUGGUGGCGCCAGACAACAACAAGAUGUGCAACCUGGGAAUCUGCCUGAUGAAGCAAGGGCGGAUUGGGGAGGCGAAGGAGAAUCUGCGGCGGGUGAGGCCGGCGGUGGCGGACGGGCCCAGAGGCAUGGACUCUCACCUGAAGGCGUACGAGAGAGCCCAGCAAAUGCUCCGGGACCUCGAGUCAGAGAUGAUGAUCAAAGCCGGCACCGACCGGCUUCAACAGAGCAAGGUGUUUGAGUCCUUCCUCGGCUCUUCUGCAAUCUGGCAGCCACAGCCGUGCACUGAACAUCAUCAUCAUAACAUUAACACCUCCUUCCCAAUGCCCACAAUCCAUGAUGUUGAUCAAUUCCCUGACGAGAAUCUCAAUUCUUGUAACAUAAUCAUGAACAACAACCAAAGGAGAAAUGUAGGCAAAGCACUCACCUUUUGCACUGUGAUGAACCCACUGAACAGCCACGCCCCACCAUUCUACUCGGCCCAGCAGCCAUUUGUUGGUGCUGCUCAGUUGCCUGAAAGACUCAAGAGAACAAGAUCAGGAAAUGGUGUUAUUAUCAACAGUUUCACAGAAGAAAAUAAUAAGGUGAUGAGAAAGCAGGAGGAGAAGGAGGAGGAUAAAGUUGUUUCUGCAGAGGGAUUGUUGCUGCCAGAUAGCAAGGAGUUUGAAGAUGCGAUUAUUGCUGCAGUUCUGGGAUCAGAUGAUACUGAAAGCUUGAAGCCAGAAGCAAUAAGAAAGGUGGACAAGAGGCUCAAGGUUUUCCAAGACAUCACCUUGUCAUCUCUCAGUCCAAAAGGAGGAGUCUAGUAUAGUGAAACUAAAACAUUAGUUUGAGCAAAUGUCAUAAAUUAUACAGGGCGGCGGGGAGAUGAGCUUGUUCUCCUUUAUAUGGUUAUUUUUAUUCAUGUUUAACUUUAUUGGAAGAGAACAAUACAAAGAUAUUACAAUUUUCAUGGUUCA